AUGAGCUUGGGGCUGGCGCUGCUGGCCACGCACCUGGCAGCCUCUCUGAACGAUCAAUUUGGUCAUCCUUCAGGAUAUAGAACACCAAACUGUAAUCAAUAUAGAUUACCAGGAUGUCCCAGAGACUUUAACCCUGUAUGUGGAAGCGACAUGUCCACUUAUGCCAACGAGUGUACUCUGUGCAUGAAAAUCAGGGAAGAUGGUCAUGAUAUAAAAAUAAUCCGAAGUGGACCGUGCUGAUGGAGCAUUUUACAGAAGAGAAAUUGGAGAAACCACCUUCAACUACACACUAGAUGAAUUGCAUUUUCGCUUUUUCUCUUUUCCUAUGUUUCUUUGCAUGAGAUUUGUUAACUCACGUUUUCCGAGAGGAGAUGUGGAAGACAACCGUGUGCAGUAACUGAUGAUUAAAGCAAAAAACAAAACAAAACAAAAUGGUUGUUUCUUGGCUUUUGCCCCUUGAGUCAAGCUUAUUGUUCAGGUGGCUUGUGCAUUGCUUUAUUUAGUUGGAAUAAA